UCCGGCCCUUUCGUCUCUUAGAAAGGAAAAUGGCGGCUCUCGGACGCGUCUCUCGGGUGUUGCUGAGGUCUUCUUUGACCCAGGCCCGGCGACAGCUUUCUGCUACUGCUGGAGAUGGACACGGCGGGUUAGCUGAGAAAUGGAGGAUACUCAGUUUCCUGAUUGCCAUACCUGGUGUUGGGGUAUGUAUGUUGAACACAUACCUGAAACACCAGCAGCAUGGCCAUGAACGGCCAGAGUUCAUCCCUUACAGCCACCUUCGCAUUCGCACCAAGCCUUUCCCUUGGGGAGAUGGCAAAAAAACCCUUUUCCACAACCCACAUCUGAAUGCCCUUCCUGACGGCUAUGAGGAUACUGAUGAGUAAACACUCCCUCCGGAUCUCAUACCUGGGACCAGUCCCGCAGCGUUUGUUACUGGACCACACUCACAUUCACAGUUUACUCUCUUAAUUUUUGUUUUACCUCUGUGCUCUCAACAUGGGGCCCCCAAACCAACAGCUUUCUUUGCUCUGGACCAUUAAACAAAAUGUCUGCUUAAACUGAAUUAACAUAAAUAAAGUAACUAUUAUUACCUCAA